AUGAGUUUUCUGCUAAUUGCUGUUGUGAAUCUAACAAUUCUGCGUGUAUUUUCGGAGCCAUUAUGGAUAGAGACUGAAUUGCAAGAAUUUAGUUGGCUUGAAACUUGUGAUUUGAUCGCUACUUGCAUUAAACCUACCCUUCAAUUGCAUCUAUUCGAUACGUCAGAAAAAGAAGCUAUUUCAAAGAUUUUACCAUUAACUUUUGAUGAUAGAAAUAUUACAGGGAUUCAUUUGCUAUCAUAUUGGAAUAUAGGAAUGUCUGAUUCCAUUGCUUUAAUCAUAACUGUAAAUGGUAUUGAUCCCGAUUACAAUUUUCCUAGAAUAUGUGAUUCUACAUCUACUAUUUUUCCUUUUAAGUAUGAAGAAAAUAUUACACAGGCAAUUUUUUCUUCAUUGUUGGAUAGUUAG